AUGGACGCUCUACUGGGAGCGACACCAUGCAAUCACAGACUCGACAAGCGAGCCGCUUUUGUACAAGGAGGACGAACACUGGAUCUCAUAGGUCAUCUUCACUGCGACGUCUUCAAUCAAGAUAAAUUCUUGAUCAACGGUGUCGAAGUGCGCAUGAGGCUUGUUCGUUCGAAAAAUUCCUUCUGUCUUAUGGAGGGAAAUACUAUGUCACGGAUACGCGUUUUAGAUGCUACACUACUCAUCAGAAGAGCUAGAAUAAAUCCAGGCAUAUUACUCGUUCAUACAAAAAUGUUGACCAAGACUACUGUUAAAUACCCGCUCACGAGAGUCGAAGUUAAAUUAUUCGUGAUUUAUACUGGCGUCGUAGAAGAAACACUGGACAGCGUCAUUCUUGGACAAAUACCGAAGCGUAUAAUUGUCGGUUUUGUUGAUAACAAAGCAUUUAACGGUGCCCGACAUUUAAAUCCGUUCAAUUUCCAGCAUUAUGGAAUAAAUUUCUUUUCACUGUAUGUCGAUGAAACUCAAAUCCCUAGCAGGCCGUUACAGCGAAAAUUCUCUGGUAACGGGAUGCUCUACGCCGAAGCGUAUCACAUCCUUUUCUCGGGAACGGGUAUUCACUUUUUGAACGAAACUAAUUCUAUAUCCAGAAAAGAUUAUCCUGCUGCUUAUACUCUUUUCGCCUUCAAUCUCACUCCUGAUCUAUCGGCUAAUUGCGCUCAAUGGAACCUUGUGAAACAUGGUAGUUUGCGAAUGGAAGUACGAUUCGAGAAAGCUCUCACAGCAACGAUCAACUGCUUAGUUUACGCUGAAUUUGAAAGCGUGCUGGAAAUAGAUUCUUCUCGUCAAGUCAUUGUAGAUUAUAGCGGUUAA